UCCUCUUGUUCGUUCUCUCAAGAUGCAAAUCUUACUACGAACCUUGUCCGGUGACUACAUCCCUGUCGAGGUGAAGGGUUCUGAUUCCAUUGACAGCAUCAAAGCUAAGAUCGAAGAGAAGGAAGGCAUCCCAGCUCAUAUGCAAAGGAUUAUCUUUGACAUCCACGACGUCUCCAAGGAGACCUUGUCACUGAGAACCAUCAACCUUGACGACACCAUUGACACCAUUGAUAAUGUGAAGGCCAAGAUGACCACCAACAGUCAAGUGAAGAAAGCCGGAGGAGAAGAAGAAAGCACAGAGAUAGAGCCAAACAAACUUGCUGAUGAUGAUGAUGAUUCUGAUGAUGAUGAUGAUGAAGAAAGCACAGAGAUAGAGCCAAACAAACUUGCUGCUGAUGAUGAUGAUGAAGAAAGCACAGAGAUAGAGCCAAACAAACUUGCUGCUGAUGAUGAUGAUGAAGAAAGCACAGAGAUAGAGCCAAACAAACUUGUUGAUGAUGAUGAUGAUGAUGAUUCUUAUGCACGUACUAAAUGUAGUAUUUGCGGAUGUCGCUGUGGAUGUGGUAGUUUUCUUAACCCUAAUAGGGUAUGUAUCCAUCACUAUGAAGAAUUAGAUCAUACUCUUGCGUGUCUGGAAGACAGUGACGAUCCCAAUGACAAGUUAUUGUAUCUAAAGCGUAAGGCUCAAUACGAUGAUUCGAUUUUUGAUCUUUCGUAA